UAUAAGUAGUAAAGGUCACCUUCACUGUACUCUCUCUCUCUCUCUCUCCAUCUGUAAUUUUCUCUCUCAUCUUGUUUGGAGAGAUGGCAGCCGGAACAGGAUCCCCGUGCGGUGCAUGCAAGUUUCUGCGGCGGAAGUGCGCCGCAGACUGCAUCUUCGCGCCAUACUUCUGCUCGGAAACAGGCCCGGCCAGGUUCGCGGCGAUCCACAAGGUGUUUGGUGCCAGCAAUGUGUCCAAAAUGUUGUCGCAUGUCCCGGUUGCGGAACGGUGCGAGGCUGUGGUCACAAUUGCUUACGAGGCUCAAGCCAGGGUUCGAGACCCUGUGUACGGCUGUGUUGCACAUAUCUUUGCUUUGCAACAACAGGUGGCAUGCUUGCAAGCCCAACUGAUGCAAGUGAAGGCUCAAAUGGCACAAAACCUGAUUGACUCAAGCAAUGUACAAAACCAAUGGCCUGGAAAUUUGGUGGGAGCUCUACCAAGUCCAACUUAUCCAAACUACAUGACCUCAAUCUCUCCACAGAGUUCACUCGAGUCAAUUGAUCGCAGCAAUGAUAUUGAUGGAAUGAGAAUGCAAGAGUUACAAAGCUGCAGAGAUGACCUAAGUUCUUACCAGCCUUGCAAUAAGAAGAUUAGACCUUCACAAACUGAAUUGGGUGAGCUUCAAGAACUAGCCCUUAGGAUGAUGAGGAACUGAAUUUUGAUUUGUACUAAAGUUUUGAUCAGUAUGGUUAGUGAGAUUUUGAAAGUUAUGGGCUAUAUGGGUUAAUUAGUGUUGUAUAUACAGAAAUCUAUUAACUUGGUGUGAUGUUAUAUGCCUAAAAAUCAGGCGUUUUCCUCAUUUU